AAAGGGUUGCGUCCCAUAAUCCCACACUCAACCUCCACAUCUAUCUCUAUAUACACACACAAUCUAUCUCUAUAUUCCACCAAUUCCCCAAUAACCAACAAACAAAGAUGACUGCUUGCAUCCACAGAUCAUGUACACAAGUUCUUGAAUUUGAAUCUAACCACAACUACACCAAAUUCUGCAGAUCAGAUUACCCUGAUCAGCUAUCUUGCAAACCCAUCUCCAACAUCACAACAACACACAAACACCAAGAACAUGAUGAAGAAGAAGAUCUAUGGCUGAAGAUGAAAGAUGAAGCUAAAUCAGACGUUGAUCAAGAACCCAUCUUGUCAAGUUAUUAUUUCAGCUUAAUCUUGUCUCAUUCUUCACUUGAAAGUGCUCUAGCUAACCAUAUUGCAAUGAAGUUGAGUAACUCUAGUUUACCUAGUGCCACACUAUACGAUCUUUUCAUGGGUGUGCUCACAGAGGAUCAAGAGAUUGUUAAAUCUGUUAAAGAUGAUUUAAAGGCUGUUAAAGAAAGGGACCCAGCUUGCAUAAGUUAUGUGCACUGUUUUUUAAACUUUAAAGGGUUUCUUGCUUGUCAAAGUCAUAGGAUAGCACAUAACUUGUGGUUACAAGAUAGAAAGAUUUUGGCACUUUUGAUUCAGAAUAGGGUGUCUGAGGUCUUUGCAUUGGAUAUACAUCCUGGAGCAAGAAUUGGUAGUGGGGUUAUGCUUGAUCACGCAACCGGAGUGGUGAUCGGUGAGACCGCGGUGAUAGGGAACAAUGUGUCUAUUUUGCAUAAUGUGACAUUGGGUGGGACUGGAAAGAGUGGUGGAGAUAGGCAUCCUAAAAUUGGUGAUGGGGUUUUGAUUGGAGCUGGGACUUGUGUUUUGGGGAAUAUUCGGAUCGGUGAUGGCGCGAAAAUCGGGGCGGGUUCGGUGGUGUUGAAAGAUGUGCCUGCUAGAACUACUGCUGUUGGAAACCCUGCAAAGUUAGUUGGAGGAAAACAGAAUCCUGUUAAGCUUGAUAAGAUUCCUAGUUUUACUAUGGAUCAUGUGCAACAUGUGAAUGGAUGGUCUGACUAUGUUAUUUAAAAUCUAGGUUGAUUUAUGAAAAUUGUCUUUUUAAGGUUUAGUUUUACACUGGAUAUGAUAGGUAGAUGUGUAGAAGACCGUAUGCACGUGCACUAGGCACGUAUCUGUGCCGAUGCAUGUACGGAUUUGUGUAGAAGAUAGGAUAUGCACGUGCAGGAAAAGGGAUCGAAUAUGUUAAAAAGAGAUUAUAUUGUAUAUACGCGUGCAUAUUCUAAAUUUCUAAUCACGAAAAUAAUUUGAAAUAAUGAUGUUUACUGGGUUUUUCGUCCCAUUGAGAGUUAGGACUCUCUUUAUAUGAAUUACUUUGGAUAUGACAUCUUUGUUUUUU